CACAGCCUGACCUUUCCACAGCCUUAUUAUAUGCUUGCGCAUCUUGCAUGACCCAGGCUGUUGACUUCACGAUUGUUAGAGGUUCUUGCCGACUGGAAGGGUCUCGUGCCGUGGUAUUUCAUACCUACACUGCUGACUAGAGUGACUGAACUGGUUGCCAAUGGUAGGAGCGGGGAUGCUUCACUUAUCUCCGGCCACCUUCAGAAGUGCCAGUGCCCCUCCACCAUCAAUGAGCACCCCGUUUCCCAAUUCCCAUCCCAUCUGCCCUUCGACGAGAUCAAUAACUUAGUAGCGGAUUUGGCUUGUCUUCUAUCACCGAGCACCAUCAGACCCGACAGCGUCCAUACACAUCUCCCUUAAAGACACCUAGGUACAGUGCUGCAACAGAUCCUCUGAGUGCCCAGCCGGAAGCAACUGGCCGACUUAGAUACGGGCAUCUGCAGACUACUUCAACCCCUUCCACCUUUUACAUCAGUAGCAACACAUUCAUCAUGGUUGUACUACUCGAUCUCUCGGCAGAGCUGCUACAGUAUAUUUUGCUCGAAGUGAACCCCCUGGAUCUUGCUUCGCUGUCUAGGACCUGCUAUGCAUUGAAUCACUAUAUCAACCCAAACAAAUUGCUCUGGAAAGGUGUAUUUCUCCGUGCCUAUGACUGCCCUACCAAUCUACCAGAAGGCACACAGCCGGAUUGGGGAGCCUUGCUCCGCAGCUACGUCAGCAUGGAGAAAAUUCUGGAUUCUGACGAUAUCUCAAUGAAGAGAGCUAAUUUCAAGAGUGUCGCGGAAACAAGUUUGAAUAGGGUUCUUUCCUCACAUCGCAAGUCUGCGAUGUCGCGGAAUCUGGCAUCAAUGGAUCGGCUAUUCUCCAUCCAGGAGAAUGUCGAUAUAUUCAUCUCCGCUUCUUCUUUAUUCAAGGAUGGUGGAUCCGCAAGUCAAUGGCCGAGAAAUAGUGAAGAAGAACGUCAACUUAGUGCCAAGCUCCACGUUCUUUUCGGCGUACCGGAGGUUCCACGAUCGAGAGCCCUGCAGCAAGCCGAGCUCCAUGCUCACGCCAAGGCACGGGUAUAUGAUCUUCGACAAUAUACUGACAAAACUGCAUGGGGGCCCUUUGUUAAUGAUGGCAGCAUGCGUGUAGAUUGGGAGAAGGCUGAAGCCAUCAUGCUCGACCUCGCACACAACCUAGAAAAGUUUACGAGCCACGCGUGUAACCACUUUGCCUCCAACUUUAUAUGGCCUUCGCGCUUCCAAGGCUGCUCUGCAAACAGCUACGAAUCAAAACCUCUUCAUGAAUAUCCUGAGCCACGCGCAGUCAUAGGCCACUUCCUGCCCAGUACACCACCUGACAUAGCACCCCUCUACCACGAACCAGCCUUACCACUGGAUAUCAUAGAUCCAUAUGGCGUCACCGGCACAUGGCGCAGAGUUGUCUGUUUCCUCGAUUACACCGACCUCUACCGUAUCAAUUUCGAAAUGGAGCAACCAGCUGCAGAUGCACCCAGACCUCCCCUCGACGAGCAAGAAGCCAUCCGACUCAUCAGAAUCAACCUGCGGGUGACCAGAGUAGAACCUCCAGGCGAGCACGAUGGCAAAGACUACCCGGUUGUCCACUUCAACGGCAGGUCUCGCUCCAUGCACACUCAUUGGGAUCCCAACGCCACCUCCCGCAUUCGCGGCUCCGUUCGACAAACUCCUGAAGGCGAGAUUCGGUGGACCUCCUUCAGUCUCUUCCACGGCGAGGAGCGUUGGCGCAGCGAAGGUAUUCAGGUCGGCGGAAUCCGCUCUUCACGCGGUAUCCUAGGAACUUGGUUCGACAAGGACUAUGAAGAAGCCGGACCUGCAGGACCAACGGCAUUCUGGAAGACAAGCGACGACAUCAUCGAGGAGAAGCGCCAGCCACAAGCCGCUGCGGGCAGCUGGCACCACGCGCACCACACCGCGCACUAUUCGUCUGACGACGACGACGAUGACGAUGAUGACAACAGCGAUUGAACAGGCUCAUUUGGAUUUCCUUAGCACGUCGAUGUCUUUGUGGCAUCUCGUAGGUAGUUUGGUGUUUUGACACAUGUCUUGGCGUCAUCAGUUUGUGUGGGAUUCGUGCGGUGCAUUCAUUGCCGGUUUGGCUUUUGUUGGGUGACAGCGCAUCGCACCGGAAAUUCUCUUCAUUAAUUACCUUGGUAGACAUGAUGGGACGUGGUCCCCACAAUAGAAUGCAUUAUUGAAAAUGCU